AGAGAAAAACAGUCGAGAGGAAGAAGAAGGAGGAAUUCGUGAGCAUCCUACUCUACUCCAUAUGGCGGGUAUGAUUAGGGUUUCUCAGUAAACUCAAAUUUUCCCGCCAUUUUCAAAAUUCAUACUUCGAGAAAGCCCUAAUUGUUUUACAAUUCUUAGUUUUAUUUAGCAAUUAAAUUUUCAGAUUUUUCCCAAUUUUGUUUCUCAAUACAAGGAUUAAUGGGGGCACAAGGAAAACCUCCUGCAACAACUGCAUCUCAGAUGUAAAUUAAUUUUUUGAAGAAUCUGCGUAGUGGGUUGUAAUGGUGUAAAGAUUUUAUUUUCAGCGUGUUAAAGUAUACCAUUUGAAUGAGGAGGGGAAAUGGGAUGAUCGGGGUACUGGGCAAGUCAGUGUAGGUUACUUAGAGGUCUGAAGACCUUGCUUUGUUUGUGAUCGAUGAGGACGAUAGUGAGACGCUACUUGCACAUCGUAUUGGCUCAGAUGAAAAUUAUCAAAGACAAGAAGAUACAAUCAUAUCAUGGCGUGAUCCAGAAUAUUCUACAGAUUUAGCGCUUAGCUUUCAAGAAAUUGCAGGGUGCUCUUUUGUUUGGGAACACAUUCGUAAUGCUGGGAAGAAUCUGCAUUUCAGUAACAAUAGUGAUCAAGAGAGUCCUGAAUCUGUUACUGAACCACUGGAGACAUCAGGAAUGUCACAGGCCAAUGAGGAGGCUUUUAAUUGUUUGAGCACUGAACUGAGGGAGUUGCCUGCUGUUGAGCUAUCCACACUUCCUGCGAUAAUCAAGAUCGUAGCGGAGAGUGGCAUAACUGACCAGAUGCGUGUUGCGGAGCUUAUAAUACGUGAUCAAGAUUUUUUUCCAAAGCUCCUGGAUCUGUUUAGAGUGUGCGAGGACUUGGAAGACAUGGAUGCUCUUCGCACAAUAUUCAGACUGGUGAAGGGAAUAAUUUUACUUAAUAGUCCUCAGAUCUUUGACAAAAUAUUUAGUGAUAAAUUUAUCAUAGAUAUUAUUGGGACCCUUGAGUAUGAUCAGGAAAUUUCUCGUGUGCAUCAUCGUGCUUUCUUGAAAGAGCAUGUGGUCUUUAAGGAGGCAAUCCCAAUCAAAGAUCCCUCAGUCUUGUCAAAGAUACAUCAGACUUACAGAAUUGGUUAUAUAAAGGAUGUCAUUUUGCCAAGAAUAUUGGAUGAGUCUACGACUGUAAAUCUCAAUUCCAUCAUUCAAGGAAAUAAUGUAGCAGUCAUUUCUUUGUUGAAGGAUGAUAGUACCUUUAUCAAGGAACUAUUUGCAAGAACGAAAUCAUCCACUGCCCCCAUUGAAACAAAGAAAAAUUUGGCAAUAUUCUUGCACGAAUUUUGUAGCUUAAGUAAGAGCUUGCCAGUAGUAAAUCAGUUGCGACUGUUUAGGGAUCUUAUGAAUGAAGGCAUAUUUGAUAUCGUAGCUGAUGCAUUGCAGUCAGAAGAUAAAAGGCUUGUAUUAAUUGGGACAGAUAUCCUUCUUCUUUUCCUUAACCAGGAUGCCAACCUCCUCAGGUCGUAUAUUAUCCGACAGGAAGGCCGUCCCCUUCUUGGACUUCUGGUUAAAGGCAUGUUAACAGAUUUUGGUGAGGAGAUGCAUUGUCAGUUUCUUGAGAUACUGCGCAACUUAUUAGACUGGUUCUUGGCAGGAUCCCAGAGAGAGACAAUAAUAGAAAUUUUCUACGAGAAGCACUUGGACCAAUUGAUAGAGGUCAUAAUGUUGUCAUGCCCUCCAAAAGGUCUCACCACAUCAACAACAGAAAAAUCAGCGGCUGGUGAUGGGCAUGGAAGUCAGGUGGUCAUAAAGCCGGAGAUAUUGACAAAUAUAUGUGAAUUGCUGUGUUUUUGCAUUCUUCACCAUCCUUACAGGAUAAAAUGCAACUUUCUUCUAAAUAAUAUGAUAGGAAAAGUCUUAGUUCUGGUUCAUAGAAGGGAGAAGUACCUAGUUGUAGCUGCUGUUCGCUUCAUGCGCAUCAUUAUUUGUCGCAACGCUAGUGAUGAGCAAUUACUUAGUCAUAUUGUUAAGAAAAACCAUCUGAAGCCAAUUGUGGAUGCUUUUGUUGCUAAUGGUGAUCGAUAUAAUCUUCUAAAUUCUGCAGUUCUUGAUCUUUUCGAGUAUAUCAGAAAGGAAAACAUAAAAACCUUAAUUAUGUACAUUGUUGAUUCUUUCUGGAGUCAGUUGGUCAAAUUUGAGCCAUUUGCAACUGUUUCGCAACUUAAACUCAAAUAUGAGCAGUUUCAGAACAAGGAAAAAAUUGACCCUGAAAAUAGCACCAAUGAGAAUCCAAGAAAGCGAUAUGAUGAGCGUGCUCUUGAUAAAGAGGAAGAAGAUUACUUCAAUGAGGACAGCGACGAAGAGGAUACUGCUUCUGAUAGUUCUUCAGAUGUCCAACAAGAAAAUCAAACUUCUUUACCAGCCACCUCCUGCCAUGCAUCAUUAAGGAAUAAGGUGGAAACUCUUGGUGGGGAUGAAAGAAGCACAGCCCCUCUGACGCUAAAACGGAAAUCAAAUUACGAUGAGGAGGUGCACGAGCCAACAAAGAAGCAGAAGUUGGAUGACGACUUGAACAACCGUGACAAUGUUUUAAACACUGCUCCACAGUCGGUAUGUAAUCCUGAAGCAGAAUCUAGUAAACCACUUAUCCGAACCCCAGGUGAGAAAUUCUCUGAAGAAGAAGCUCAAAGUAAAGAGCAAAGAAGUUCUGAUAAUUCGCCGAGCACUUCAGAGACUUGUCAAGUAACCGACGAAGGGUCUGCAGUGGCAUCCCUGAAUGGUAGUGACUCAACAUCUAAGCUGAUUGUAGAUGAAGGGAGUACUGCUGGUUCUUGUGUUCGAUGACACAUCCUUGUAUUAUCUGAUCUGUAAGACUGCAGUGGGAAUUUCUAUAUUCUCUCCUGGAAGGAUGAAAAGAUUUCGAUGAUGAGGAAACAGGCCAAGACAGGAACAGCGGUCUGUGAGAAGGAAAGAAUCUAUUAUUCGCCGAAGGGUCAAAGGAAUUCAAACCUCACCUGGCCUAGCAUUUGGUCUCGUCAUGCUGCUGUUACUCGAGAAAGGAAAAGAAAACAGUUCUCUUUGGUGGUAAACAACAGUCACACCAGCCCUUACCUUCUUUUCUUCAAUUUUUGCCGUUUUUUGUAUUGAUUUUCAAAUUUCUGUAUAAAUGUAUGCCAGAGAUGGAGGGUUAGGUUAAUAUUCUUCCUGAGUUCCAAUGGUUAAGAUAAGGCAAGCUGGUUGUCCAUGCAUACCCAGCCAAAAGUAGUGCAACGUGUGAUUGUACAUUUUAAUCUUUACAUGAAAUUACAGAUGUGAAUUAGUUAUACAAUUUCAAUCGAUGUUUCGAUUAGACUUCCA